AUGGCCCGCGACCGCUCAGCAACCCGGACAGAACUCUCUCCGCUUCAUAUCAAGUCCCUUCACUUCCAGAACGGUCUUCUCGAUCCCAGAAGCGUCCAUCGUGGCGUUCAUCGCAGCAUACUUCUUUUUGGAGUGGAGCAACAACCGUUUAAACACAUUGUCGAUGUCGAUCUCCAGCAAACGGUACCGUUCGUUGACUUUCACUUUGAAGUCUUCACCAAUACCGAUGGCGUCCUUGAAGUUUUCGGAUCCAGUCUCGAUCAUGACCGAGUCGGUAUCACCGUAAACAACUCUCAGUCCAUUGCUUUCGGCCAACUGUCUGGUGUUCAUCAGAAUCUCUCUUCCUCUAUCGGUAACCAGCAUAGCCAAUGGUUUGGCGUAGAAACGCGAGUUCACGUAUCCCAAACAACCGUACAUGGAGUUGGCCGUCAGCUUCAAAGCCUGCUGCUUAAUAUCGUACUGAGCUUUCUCGAUGGCCGUGGAUCUUGGGUCCUUCAACAGCUUCUUCACCUCACGACGUCUAUUAACAAGCUGCUGGAGCAACCGAGGCAGCACACCUUGGGCAGCGCCCGACUCUGGCACUUUUGGCAAGUCUCCAUCCUUCAGAUUGUGUCUGUCCACUGUGGUGAAACAGAUAUUGAAUUCCUGGAUGAUGGAAGGAUAAAGAGAGUUGAAGUCCAUAACCAGAAUGUAGCUCUUGUGCAAUCCUUUUUCUGGCUCAAACACCAGUCCACCCUGGUCGAACAUCCGGCGCAUCAAAACGUCCAACACGACGCUGUCCAAACGAUGGCCAAUGAACACAUCAGGAUCGGCUUUCUUGACCAUAGCACUGAGACAGUUCAACAGCAGCCAAUCUCCUGUCUUCCUUCCUUCAAAUUGGUCACUGGCUGCACAUUGAUACUGAGAACAGUGAGAUCUGGAGCCGUCAUGUUAGUCUCCAUUGGCUUGAUCUGGGCUGGGUCGGAAACAGCCACCUCCACGCUACAAUGGGACGAGUUUUGCAACACCGAGAAAUCGGCUCCCUUGAUCUCCAACCAGCACGGACCCAUCACGUUUCUUUGCAGGACAAACGACUCAAAUAUGUUGGCAUUGGUACCAAAGACGUAUCUGAAUGUCUCUCCGUCCAUAUUGGCAGGGAUGAUUGCGUUUCUGGCCUUAGGAGUUUGGAAUGGUAGCAGGACUUUCAAAUACUCGGUCUCCUUUGGAAUGUUUUCCAAUUCAAACGAGAACUUCUUCACCUCAGGCUUGGCCCUAAUAGUCUCCAAACCGAACUUGUCGAGGAUCAGCGGGAUAACCUCCUCGUGGAUAUCCAUUGCAGUUGGUGGCGGACCAUCCUCGUCUUCCAGACGUUUUUCACGUGGCAAGAAAUACAGUUCUCUGCACAGUCCAUUGAUCUGGACCAUUCCACUCACAAACUUGCCGUCAACAGUCUUGAUCUUUCCGAAGAGCAGCAGACUGUUGUCGACCUCUGCAUAG